AUGCUAUUGGCGUCGAAGAUAAGGAUCUAUAUUCUUGGAGAACCUCUGUUGAAGCCUCCUCAACACUCACCGCAGGAUCUUUUCCUUCUUGAGUUUCCAUCUAACGCUGCAUUUGACGUAUACCUUGCUACAGUUAUCAUAUUUGUGUGCAUAGGAGCAUGGUUAGUGGCAAUAAAGAAAACACGAGAAGACGGAACAUCACUUCUGUAUGUGAUUGGGUUCAUGCUGAUAUUUUGCUCUUAUUGCCUCCAGAAAGCUGUGGAAUUGAAUAAGCUUAUUAGUAAAGCCACGGUAGAUACAGAUGUACCUGAGCAAAAAUGGUUUUGGACAAAAUGGCUAUAUCCGAGCAGUGAAGAUCAUAAUGUGACUACAUAUCAGAAUGGUUAUGCUGAAUCUAAUAUACUUGAGCACAGUAUGGGAAAGAUAUCAUCAUAUCUGACAUUGAUAUUCAAUAAUAAAGGUACAAAUUCUGAUGGAAAUAAUGCAGUAAAUGGGAUUGAUAAGAUAAAAUUUGAAAGCAUGAACAGUACGCAUACACAGAUAGCCAGUACAGAUAGAAGCAGAUGCACAGAUAAAAAGUCAUCACUAGAAUGUGUUGAAACAAUAGAUAGAAUUCGAAUAGAGAAUCCAUCUUUAAAUCAAUACACAUCAGACAUGAUGGUGAGCACAUCUAGUAUAAACACGGACACAAAGCAUUCAGACAGUAGCAAUAAUGCAUUAACAUCGUUGCAUGAUGAAAAGCUUGCAUUUGUAAAUAGCUUUGAAACUAUGAAUGGAACGGAAGAUAAGGCAGAAAAAAGAGAAAUCACACUUAGAAAUCUCAUGAGGAUUUUUGAAUACAAGCAUAAAGUAGAUGAAGAUCUCAAAAGACACACUGACAAUAUCAGAAAGGCUGAGGCUCAGACAAACAAAAUACUCGAUGAAUUUUCAAGCACUUUUCAGGCAUUUAUGAAAGAAGCACAAAAAAUAGAAAUGGAAAUGAUUGGGUUUAAUGCAUCAACGAGGUAUUUGAGAAUAUCGCUUAAUGAAUUGAAAGCUGAGAUUAAAAAGUAUUUCGAUGGUGUGCCUGAGGUAGUGACAUUCAAUGGCGUUUCCCAAUAUCUUACGAAACUAGAAGAGAACUACCACAAGGAAUCUGAAGGAAAAGGUGAUGUAGGUGCAGCUGUGGAAUAUGAAGGAUAUGCUCUGGUUUAUAUUGCUAUACAAACUGGAUUGUGUUUGUUGUUUUUCAUAGCUGUGCUUCUUAAGAUCAGACCAGGUGUAGCGAUAUUGAGACCUAUUAUUUCUAUUUUAUUGAUACUAGGAAUACUAAUAAGUGUGUUAUUUCUUUUUAGUGCACAGAUGCUUGAUAGAGAUUGCAAGUCUGGAUCUGUUAAUGGAUGUAACUUUAGCCACACUUUUGUAAGAGAAAUUAGAGGAACUGAUACAUCAAAAAAAGGAGAACUGAAAAGCCAGUUGGAUGCAAUGGCGGUGAACGGUCGAACUCUGUUGAAUGAACUACGGACAUAUGUAUUGAGAACGGCGGACGCAAAUGUCAGUUCGAAGAUUGCGGUGUUUUCGAAUCUAUUCAACAAGAUAAUGUUUGUAUAUGAUGACUUUGAACAUUUAACUGCAAAGAAAGUCAAUAAAGAAGAGUUCUAUGGGUAUGUGAAGAUGAUGAAUAGACAGCUUGAGGUGAUUGGAAGGUAUUUGGAUGUGUCUGUGCAGAAAGAUAUGAUUGAGAUAUAUGCAGAAGAGAAUGCAUUUUCGUUCUGGUUGGAUACAGAAAAAGAUUUGAUUGUUGAGUUGGUGCAGGCGAUUACUGGAUUAGAUGCAGACGAAAGUGAAGGAAAGCCAUCAAGGUGGUGUGUAGAUGCACUUCAAGCGGUAUGUGAUGCAAAGGAUGGAUUUGAUAGUCUGUUUAUGCUUAUGUUUGUUGCUGGUCCUGCGUUCCUAGCUCUUCUAUAUAUUUGA